AUAGCUGUUAUAUCUGGAUGUGCGAACAGCACUCUCCCAUCCACUGUUUGCAUGGGGAACUUCACUGUGGAGGCACCACCGUCUGGAAUGAGAAGUGCAGUGCCACUCGGUAGCUUGGGUGGUGGGACCAUUGAACUGCGAGCUGACGGUCGACUAACGGACUGGGAGAUCUUCAACAAUGGUCCCCAGGCCAGCGGUGGUGGUAAGGUGAACGUGGACGAAGCAAUGAUGGGUGUGCUGACGCAGGCAUGGCAUGGAGACGGAGUCGAUCCACCGCAAGCAUCUCUGCUCAGAACUCACAUGACGAUAGAGAACGAGGAUCUUCCCACCGUUGACUCGCUCACGUACAGCGGGGCAUUUCCCACUGCUUGCCUGCAAACCAGCAACGACUUGCUGAGGGCGAAGAUAACCGUCACGGCGUUCUCGCCGUUCAAGCGACAGGAACCGAACAGCUCUGUUACGCCAGCCAUCGCGUUCCAUUUCAACGUCACCAACACUGGGCCACAGAAGUCGCAGACCGCCGUGUUCUUCAACCUACCGGAUAUGCUAGCAAACAUGACAGCGCAAUCCACCGCCUUUCGUAAGUACAAAUCCACCGGUGGUACGUGUAGCGGCUUCACCCUAUCGGCAGGUGAGGAAGGCAAAGCCGAUGCCGUCACUGGCACGAUGACAGUGGCCGUGAUGACAAAGACCGAUGCCGUAUCUGUGGACGAAGUUACGGUACAAGGCUUCACGUCUCUACAAGAAGCAUGGAUGACCUUCGUGGAAGGCAACGGGUCAUUCUACAACCAGGCCAUACCACCAGGCUCAAAGCAUGCAGCAGCCGCUGCUCGACUGUGGAUUCCAGCAAACUCUUCCAGUCAGAUCACCGUUCUAUUAACCUGGUUCUUUCCACAUCGCUUCUUUGCUGAUGUGGAGAUUGGCCAGUACUAUAGCAACUUCUUUUCGUCCUCAGAGAACGUUGCUGAAUCUCUCAGUGGCAAUCUCGUCUCGGUGCUUCACGACAUAAAGGAUUGGAAUACAGAGGUUCAGUUUCUGCACGAUCAGCCCCGAUUCAUGUCAGCCUUUCCCUCGAAUUUUCUAGAAGAUGCGCUAGUGAACUCUCCAGGAGCCAUGACGAAAACGGCCAUGUUUCUGAAAGACGGCCGCUGGCGACAGUUUGAGAGUCAUAGCUGCGCACAAAUGGAGCCACCCCACAUCCACGGAUAUCGCUCCUUAGCAUUCAACUCCCUAUUCCCCACGCUGGAGCACAACACCCUGAUGCUGUAUGCCGAUCACAUGACAGCAGAUGGGCUGGUGUCGGAGGAGUUUGGCGGUGGCUGUGGCGGGGCAUCGCGGACCUACAACCUUGAUAAAGCCAACAAUGGUGCCCGCGGUGACGACAAUGCCGUGUUCAUCAUGGAUGUGUAUAUGAACUGGCUGAACUACAACGAAUCAGCCGGCCUGCAGUUCUUGAAGAGUAUCUGGGACAAGUAUACACUAGCUAUUCGAUGGCAGCUGGCACACGGCAGUAAGUAUGGUCUCACGGGUGACUUGGUGAAUACAUUCGACGAACAUGGACUGAUGGGUGAUGUCAACUCAUACAACGCUUUCUUGUAUAUCUCGUCCCUGAGUUCUGCACUGCGUGUCAUGGACAUUGCUCACAACCCCAAUGCCACAUUCAGGGAGGAAGUACAAAAGGCCAGGGACGUUGGUAUCGAUACACUGCACAAACUUCUGUGGACGGGCUCGUUCUACCGUUCGUUCUGGUGUGCAAACAAUGAGACAUCACCAGAAGCCUUGCAGUCCGAUGUGUUGUACGGUGUUCUCUGGGAUCAAAUGUUUAACUUCAACAGCACUCUGCCGGCUGAUAACCUAGUGUCUCACCUUCAUGAGGAGAGAAAGAGAAACCUGACACCAUAUGGCAUGCAGUUUUGCACAGGACGUACUACUCCCGGCUAUCAUUGCGGUUCAAAGGCCGGUAGUGCCGAAGAGCAGCAUCGAAGACACCAUCGCCACCGUAGCAAUACUGGCUACACGUCACGUGAUAAUCUGGGUAAUGGAUUUGUGGAUGAAGAUACCUGGGAGGCACACACACUCAACUCGGGCACUCUCUCGCUGUUCCUACGUGCUACCAGUGACGAACAGGCACUUUACCUAUCCGCUCUGACCAUAGACAAGUACAGACUGACCCUGCGUGACCAAUGGGACUAUCGCGAUCUAAGCUCCUGCUACACCGGAGACCUGCCCGGCUCUUCCUCCGGCUCCACAGAGUGCCACCUUCGACCUGUGUGCAACUCGCACUACUCUCGGCAGCUGAUCUUCUGGGGUUUGCUGAUCGCGCUGGGUGGUCAGAGGUACAACCCGGCGACACGAAGCCUACAUUUGUCACCGCGACACAUCACCGCAGAGCAGUGGCCAAUAACUCUAGGCACAGGGAGUGGCUUGAUGCGACCAGCUGGCCAUACAAUCACCUAUACACAAGUGUAUGGGACGGAUGCCAAGAGGCGCAGUUCAGAAGGUCCUGCGUAUUCGGAAGGCGUGGCGAAGGAAGGCGAAUGUUACGACGUAGAGGUGUACUCAGGUAGUAUUGAAAUCAAACGCCUUGUGUUGUUCGGUAGUACCCUGGCAGAAGAGGUGAGUCUGGUCAAUGGUGAUAUUUCUACCUAUUGUUUUUAGUGUCUUCCUUCCAGUCAUUCAAUUUCACCCCUAGAUCAUAACUAGUUCGAUUUGCGACUGAUCAAUUUUAUCCGUAACUAAAAGAAGAAGUAUUCGCGGCAUCGCUUAGCUUCCGAGGCAGCAAUUCAAUUCCAGCGUUUAAAACUAUUUUAAAAGUUGGCCCUGCUGACUCACUUCAAACCAUGCUCCAUCAUGAGUAGCUCAAGAUUAUACAUCCUCACCUCUCCUAUCUGGGUGCCCCUCCCUACACCACCACGUGCAAUACCAAUUGCAAAUAUUCUUCCGGCAUCAUACGUACCAUGUAUGGCCGCUGUCUCUCAGCGCACCAUUGAGCCGACUCAACCGGCGGGAAAUGCCAAAAUUAUGCUGAGUUGUCUGUUCCAUUUUCAAAUUGCUCUCAAUAUCAGCAUCAUAGACUGGUCAGCGCAUAAGCCGGUGCAUAAAUUCAACCGAACACACUUUGCAGAUCCGUGACCUGAGCUCAUCAGCCAGUAGUAGCUAACACAGUGAAGCUACAGACCUGAGUGUGAGCCGCCUUCGUGAAGUAGGCCAUGGCACUGUAGGCUGGCUGUAUCUGACUAUUCUCUGUAGGCUGAAAUUUCCGUUUGGAGCCAACAUUCAUUAAUUUAUACUUCGCUCUGUGACCUGCCAUCAAGAGUGGUGGAGGCCCGGCGACUCAGUCGAAGCUGGUCUUUGCUUGCUGAGCGCUUUUCAACACUGUAGCUAGUGAUAAUUGCUCAAUCUACAGUGUAGCUAGCUUUUCAUUCAGUGGACACCGGGCCUGGAAUCCUGGAGUGAACUUUGAAGAUUCUCAGUCACAGGGAAUCCGGAGGAGACUUUCGGAAUCAGUCUCAACACACCUAUGUGAAGUGUUUUCAUAGUCACAUGUAGCCCGGACUGAUUUGAUUGGUUUUACUUUUUAUCCAUACCAAUUCAAUCAUUUUAAUUUGUUGCUGCUGGCAUUAUACUUUGCCUAGCAAAACUAAUGCCCCCCCCCCCCCCCCACAGCACCGUGGAGACGCUCUGUCAACCGUGAUCUCGUGCAGCGAACACUAAAACACUGAGUAAACCGGGUUGGCAAAAGUUUCUUCUCUCACCACUCGCCAGUCUCCAACUGAUAUACCUCAAGAAGUAUGUGUAGCCAUAUCCGGAUCAGGUCUCGCAUAAUCCAUUAUCAUCUGAGACCGUCGGCAAAUUGGUGGUUUUGCCGCCAUUAUGCCAUCAUUCGAGGUGUUUGUGUUGAUGGAGCCAGUGACUUCACGAUCGUUGGCUUUCCACCGCGGCACCAUGAACCGUCGAUUAUACUAAUCGUAGGAGAUGGCUGUGGUCGGCCACUUAUCAA